AUGGCCUCCGAGGCCGGCGGUUUUUUCACACGGGCUAAGCAGGUUUGUCAGCUUCGUUUUGAUUUUUUUCUAAACCAGUUUGAAAAAAAUUUCAAGAGAAUAGAAAAAAAUUUUAAGUGUCAUUUUUUUAUCUGGAAAAAAACUUUUAAAGAAAACAAGAAUUUUUUUAGUUUCUGUACGUUUUACGAGUUUUAUCAUAAAAAAACAUUUAAAUUGAAUUUAUUUAGUUAACCGAAGAAACUUUUUCUCAAAGCUGAAAGAACGGAGCUCGACUCUCACUUUGAAAAUUUGCUGCAACGUGCUGACAAAACGGAAGAACAUACUCGUCGUCUUCUUUCUGCAAUCGAGAGCUACUUGCAGCCAAAUCCAAGUGAGAAAUAUUUUUAACAUUUGCCCUUUCCUUCGAUACUCCCGUUUUUUUUUGAUUGAAGUCCUACCAACACAUCAUCAACGCGAAUUCACAAAUUUUUCUUCUUCACAGAGCUCCCAUGUGGGAAAAUUGGAAAAGUUCUUCUUGAGUAAUUUGAUACUGAGAAAAAAAUCUGGGAAUCCGCGACUUUGGAAAAUUGAACGGAAAAAAGGUUAAGCCAUAAAGUUAAAUAAAUAAAUGGUGUAAAAAAAUAAUUUGCUUUUCAGUUCGAAAAAAAUUAGCUCAUCUAUUACAUACGUUGAAUGUCAAACUUUCUUAUCUUCUUAUUUUGAACUUCUUCAAGUAACAAUAAAGAAACAGUUUAUUGAUAUUAACAUUGCAAGUUGAACAGUUUUUUAAAAAAAACAAUGAAUGGAAUGAUAAAAAGUGUGAUAAUUUUUUUUAUUUUGAACAUUUUAAGCUGUUCGCAUGGAGGAAGUUUUUUACGAAAAGUUGGAACUGAAGAAAGAUGGCGUCACCCGCCAAAAUAACCUGGAACAUCUUGCCACAGCCAUGUCCGAAGCUGGUGACCAAUUUGGCUCUACAACACCUUACGGUUUUUUUUGUUUUAUUGUGAAGAAAAUGAACGAACGUAACUUAUAAUUUAAAGGAAGUGCUCUGGUAAAAGUCUCCCAAACUCAACAACGCUUGGGCCAAGCGGAGCGCGAGCUAUGUGCCCAAGCGGCUUCGCACACUCUUUUGCCGAUCCGUCGUUUUCUGGAAGGCGACAUGAAGACAAUCCAGGUGAUCGUUACCUUUUCUGCUCUCUUUCAUGAUGAUUUUCAGAAAGAGCGCAAAGUUUUGAACAGUAAGAGAUUGGAUUUGGAUGCCUGCAAAAAAAUCGAUUGAAGAAAGCUAAAAAAAUGUGGAAACUCAGGGAAACGUUGGUUUUUUUGUUUAUAGUAACAAUUAAAUAAAGAGAAAAAAACAAAACAAAAAAAUUAAAAUGAUGGAACAAUUUCAGUCAAAUAGUAAAACUGGAGGUGGAUUUUCUGUGGAGCAGGUGAGUGAAUGUUGUGGUGAAGUAUCUGGGACACCUUUCUAGAGUUUCUUCUUUUUGUUAUAUCCCUUCAAAAGAGAUUUUAUUUUUCGAUUCCACCAUGAGUUUUAGGCUGAAGCGGAUUUGCGAGUGGCCCAAGCAGAAUUUGACAAACAGGCUGAAAUCACGAAACUUCUUCUCGAGGGAAUUCAAACUGCGCACGUAAGAUUUAUUUUUUCAUUUCUGAAUGAGAGCGUAAAAAGGUUUUUCAAUUUAGCGGUGAGAUAUGCUCCAUAUUCUAAUCAAAAAAGUGCAAAAAAUUUCUUUCCUGAUAUCAGGGAGUUGUCAAGCAAGAAAUCAUGUAGGUUUGAUUCUGCGGAUUCUUAUCUAAUUCAUUUUUUAAAAAUUUACGACAAAUUUACAAAAGGCCCUGGUACUGAAAUCUGGAGAAAUCUUAGAGAAAAUCGAUAACUAAGGAUAGUGACACUCCUAAUUGCAGAAUAACCAAUUCAAGUGUUUGCGGGACUUUGUAGAGGCUCAGAUGUCUUUCUACGCACAGGCGCACCAACUGAUGGCUGAUUUGCAGAGAGAACUCAGCGGGUAAAAAUUCAUUUCUUUCAUUACAACGCUGGUGCUUGUUGCAUGGUAGCCAUUUCGUGGAAACUCUUGAGAUUAUUUUAUCAAAUUUUUAGAAGCGUCAGGCUUUUUUUUAUUUUCAGCCCUUGCUGUUGAUAAAUGUAGUUUUUUGUGCGCUAGUUGCAAAGUUACUUGUGUUUUCCAUUUAAGGAAAAGAAACUCAGCCAAGUCGAUGUGAAGGUGUGUUGAUUUUUUUUAGUUCUCUCAGCGACACCGGCAUCUCGUUUGCGAAUCCGGUGCAUGGACGUCCUGGCGAAGAUGGCGUCUAAUCAGAUCGGCGUUUCCUUCAAAAAACUUUCAUUUUUUGGUGACAAGAAAAAAAGAAACCGCUCCAAUUUUUAAAAAUCAGUUAUUUCUCAAAAUUUGAUCAAAAUCGCAAGCUUAUUGUUUACAGCGGUUUCUCUUUAGUUUAAAAAUCCAAUCUCAGUUUUAGAGUUUUUCUCGAGUUCAAUAGCGCAUUUUUGGCUAUCAACCAUAGUAUUGCUUCCAAAUAGUUCAUUUUAUACCUGCAUGACCUACUUCUGCUUUUAUUCAUUCGACAUUCUUUACCUUAUAUUUUGCACAUAUUAUCACCAAAUAUUUAUUUUGCGCACGGUGUCAAAUGUUCAUUUGUUGUGUGUGGCUGGUCUUCCACGCAUUUUUCCGUAUUUUUGUGAUACCAUAGAUUGUAUAAAAACAGAAUCCUCUAACGAUAGAUUUCUAUUGCGAUUUAUUGUAUGAUAAUCGAUUUUGAGGCAUUAUUUGUCAUUAUUGGUGCUGAAAUUUUUGGCCAUUGUUAGUAUUUGUGUGCGUUGUGUCCCGCUUUUAACGUAAUUUGAAAUAAGUUUCUUAGAAACGCUUUUCUGAAAAAAUUCAGAAAAACUUCUGUAAAUCCAUUCAUAGAGAUUAUUUUUCACGCGUUUAUGUACCCUCAAUGAAAUUCGAAACUGUGUUGAGUUCCCUAGUCUGAGAAGUGUAUUUUUACGUUUCAAUUACUAUAUAAUAAACUGUGAUUCAUGAAUUUCGAUUUGAAAUGAGAAAAAGAAACAGACAACAAAUUUCAUAGAACUUGGGCGAUUUCCAUUGAGUGCGCAGUGUUUUUAGGACAGUAUCAUUUCGAGGAAGUUCGGCAACACUUGUAUCGUCGAACCCUAUUCCCAACGGUCGUCCUUCGCCUCCGCUUAUCAAGGUUGUCAAUAGCGUUUAUUGUGCUCUUUGAAAAUUAUGAUUCUCUUUCGAAAAAAAAGUUUUAAGAAGUUAUAAAACUGUUUUUAAAGAGCUCUUCAAAACUGUAUAUUCAAUUGAUUCGCAAAAGCCUGUCUUGUCUGCGUCCUUUUUUGCAGGGAUGCAGUCGUUGAAUUUGAUCAUAAUUUCAAAUAAAAAAAGUUCAGCGCAGGUGUCAGGCUGUUUUGACUUGUGAUGAAUUGAGAAAUCAAGAACAUUAACCACUUUAUUAAGCAUGCUACUAUCUUACAGCCCAGCGGAGGCGUAGGUUUUUCUGACGAUGAUAUGGGUACAAAACAAGCUAGAGCUGUCUUGGACUACGACGCAAUAAUGCCGAACGAAAUUUCAGUGAAGCAAAAUGAUGUGAGAAUCACUAUCACUUUUAAAAAACCAAUUACCUGACAAUUCUUACAGAUUUUGAUCGUUUACCGACUGCCUGGAAUGGACCCUGAAUAUGUGAUGGCUGAGAAAAAUGGAGUUCGUGGUAGAAUUCCAAUUACUUACCUAGAGCUCAUCUAA